UCUCGCGCGUCUGCGAGUGCUGUUUAUUAUUAUUAUUAUUAUUAUUAUUAUUAUUAUUAUUAUUAUUAUUAUUAUUAUUAUUAUUAUUAUCUUCAAAAGGCUGGAGGUGCAGCCGGGAUUGUAAACUGUGCAGAAGACAGAAACAGCAGACGGGUGCACACGGGAAUACCUUCUACUAAACCAGCCAGUAGAUUUGUCCAGCAACAGGAUGCAGGAACAGGCACUGGAGAGAGCUGAAGGCUCGCUGCCCUUCCCCUUUCUGGAUGAUGAGGCGAGCGUCGAGGCUUACAGGGAGUCUCGAACCCUCUUCAUAAUGAGGGGACUGCCAGGCAGUGGAAAGAGCGCCCUGGCCAAUACCAUCGCAGAGAAGUACAAAGGCAUCUGUAGAGUGAUCUCCGCUGAUCACAAGAAGGUCCGACCCGAGGUGUGCCCCGCCCUCCCGGAGAAGUACAAGGAGCUGGACGAGGAGGCCCGGCGUUGCUGCCAGGAGGGCGUCGCCGUGGUCGUGAUUGACGACACCAACCACCAAUGGGGGAGGCUGGAGAAACUCUUCGACAUCGCCAGCGAAUACCAGUACCUUGCCCUCUUCGUUGAGCCCAAGACGCCAUGGAAGAAGGACUGUGCCGUGCUGGAGAAGAUGACCCAGUGGGAGCUCCCCCAGUCGGAGCUGGAGGACUUGAGGGGAAGCCUGGAGGAGCCGGUCUACCCUCUCUUCUACGGCUGGUUCUUGACUCGCAAGAGCCAGUGUCACACCAAGGAGACAGGCAAAAAGCUCCUGGAAGCCCUGGGCGAGCUUGAUGAGUUCAAGGAGCACUGGGCUGAUUUUGGAGGAGCUGCUUCUGAGAAGGGAAUAAACUUGGAGGAAUAUUUUGAUGGGAAGGGGGGGAUCCUGCACUGCACCACCAAAUUCUCUGACUACGGGAAAGCGAAGGGAGCACAAGAGUACGCGGAACUAGAGGCUGUGAAGGAAUUCUACAGCUCGGCCUUUCAUCUGCAGAUAUCCGGUCUUUUCAUCACGCCCAGAACCGCUGGCGCCCGUGUGCGACUGAGCGACAAGCAGCUGGAGGUGUGGCCAGACUCUGAGAAGGAGGCCAUGCCCUCUGAAGAGCUGCCCCGUGGCAGCCAGGCGCACAUCACCCUGGGCUGUGCCAAGGACGUGGAGCCCGUGCAGACUGGCCUAGACCUACUGGAGUUCAUCAAGCUGGAAAAGGUGGGCGAUCAGGACUGGGCUGUGAAGGACACUGACCAGGGGAAGCUUUGCUACUUCGGCAAAGGCAUGUGGAUGCUGGAAUUGUCUGAGGAGGUGACGGUGAAAACCGUAUUCGGUGGGUUCUACCCGAAAGAGGAAGGAGGAGAGGAAGCAGGGGUGGAGGUGAAGGUGGGUGAGGAGAGAGCAGUGGAGAAGGAGGGUGAGGAAAGAGCAGUGGAGAAGGUGGGUGAGGAGAGAGCAGUGGAGAAGGUGGGAGAAGAGAGAGCAGUGGAGAAGGAGGGUGAGGAGAGAGCAGUGGAGAAGGUGGGUGAGGAGAGAGCAGUGGUGAAGGAGGGAGAGGAGAGAGCAGUGGAGAAGGUGGGUGAGGAGAGAGCAGUGGUGAAGGAGGGUGAGGAGAGAGCAGUGGAGAAGGAGGGUGAGGAGAGAGCAGUGGAGAAGGUGGGUGAGGAGAGAGCAGUGGAGAAGGUGGGUGAGGAGAGAGCAGUGGAGAAGGUGGGUGAGGAGAGAGCAGUGGAGAAGGAGGGUGAGGAGAGAGCAGUGGAGAAGGAGGGUGAGGAGAGAGCAGUGGAGAAGGAGGUGGAGAAGGAGGGUGAGGAGAGAGCAGUGGUGAAGGAGGGUGAGGAGAGAGCAGUGGAGAAGGUGGGUGAGGAGAGAGCAGUGGAGAAGGAGGGAGAAGAGAGAGUAGAGGAGGGUGAGGAGAGAGCAGUGGAGAAGGAUGUAGAAGAGAAAGUUGAGAAGGAAGGAGAGGAGAGAGCAGUGGAGAUAGUUGUAGAAGAGAAAGCAGUGGAAAAGGUGGGUGAGGAGAGAGCAGUGGAGAAGGAGGGAGAAGAGAGAGUAGAGGAGGGUGAGGAGAGAGCAGUGGAGAAGGAUGUAGAAGAGAAAGUUGAGAAGGAAGGAGAGGAGAAAGCAGUGGAGAAGGAGGGUGAGGAGAGAGCAGUGGAGAAGGAGGGAGAAGAGAGAGCAGUGGAGAAGGAUGUAGAAGAGAAAGUUGAGAAGGAAGGAGAGGAGAGAGCAGUGGAGAAAGUUGUAGAAGAGAAAGCAGUGGAGAAGGAGGGUGAGGAGAGAGUAGUGGAGAAGGGGGAAGAGAGAGUAGAGGAGAAAGGGGAAGGGAAGGAAAAAGAGAACCAACAGGAGGGAAAACCAGCUACAGGAAAAAAGAAGGGAAAAUGCACCGUUAUGUGA